GGCGUACCGACAUGGCGCUCCAUAGCACCUCGUAUCGAUGUCUCGGAAGAUGAGGCUCGAGGAAGGAAGACUGCGAAGAUCAGUGUGUGUUUGAGGUAAGUCGCGCCGGGAGCUCGGGCCUCCGUGUCUCUCGCCGCCGAAAGUGUGUAGCACGGUUCGACAACUUUCAAUGUUCAUCAUCGUCCCCUCGCAACUAUAAACCACGCGCUCUCUCGCUUGUAUGCUCUAGCAACUGAGUAUAUUUCCACUCGCGAAGUGUACGUGUCUCUCGCUAUCGUCACAGAGCAGCAAUUGGCCCCGCUAUGUCGCCUCAGCCACCCUCAGACCCCCCACCUUCGUACGAACAGACGAUAACACCCACCCCAACCAUGAACCGACCAGCGCCGCCAGAGCCUUUGAGGUCACCCACAGCGCCGAGGCGAGGCCCGCCACUGCCGCCGCCGCCAUUGGACCUACCGGCGUUGAACAAGCUGAGAGGGAAACGAGUAGUGCUGGCCUCGAAAUCACCCAGAAGGAAGUUCUUACUCGCACAACUCGGCCUAACCAACAUCGAUAUCGUGCCCUCCACCUUCGCCGAGAACCUCUCCAAAACCCUCUCUCCCUUCGAAUACGUGCUCGAGACCGCGUCCGAGAAAGCGCGCGACGUCUACCGGCGCGAGAUUGACAAUCACGAGAAGGGCGAGCCCGCGCUCAUCAUAGCCGCCGACACCAUCAUCAUAAGUCAUGGCGGCAAGAUCCUCGAGAAGCCGCGGAGUCCGCAAGACCACUUCCAGAUGCUGCAGACGCUCAGGGAUGAGGGCACGCAUAAGGUCACGACGGCAAUUGCGGUCAUGACACCCCUAGAGAGCGCGGUCGAUCCGGGGUAUCGUAUGGAGACGCACGUCGAAGAAACGACGGUGAAGUUUGAUCCGAAUGUGACCGACGAGCUGAUCCUGGCCUACGUCAAGACGCGCGACGGGAACGACAAAGCGGGCGGGUACGGCAUCCAGACCGCAGGCUCCGUCCUCAUCGAACGCAUCGAGGGUUCGUACGACAAUGUAGUCGGCCUACCGUUACGCGCUGCGCUCACUCUCAUUGAGAAGGUCAUGGUGCCGGAGGAGGAGCUGGAUGAUCAUAUGGAUAAUAUGUUUUCGCGUAGUGAUGGCGAGGAUGACGAUAAUGAGAGCCUGUGACGUUGACGAGUAAUAGGAAGCUCGAUCACGGAUGAGCCGUGCUCUACCACGAAGAGCUCACUCCCGGUGGACGCAGAGGACGCAGAGGAAGAAGCCGGAGACGUCACCUGGUAAUGUCUUGCACGUUCGUCGAUAGGCGGAUAGGGGAGCUAAUGU